CUCCAAGACCCUCCCCGCCUUGCAGUCCCGCUGCACGCGCUUCCGCUUCGGCCCCCUCACCCCGGAGCUGAUGGUGCCCCGGCUGCAGCACGUCAUCCAGGAGGAAGGGGUGGAUGUGACAGAGGAUGGGAUGAAGGCUCUGGUGACCCUCUCCAGCGGUGACAUGCGCAGAGCCCUCAAUAUCCUGCAGAGCACUGCCAUGGCCUUUGGGAAGGUGACGGAGGAGAACGUCUACACCUGCACAGGACACCCCCUCAAGUCUGACAUCGCCAACAUCCUCGACUGGAUGCUAAACGAGGACUUUUCCACCGCCUAUCGCAAAAUCACGGAGCUGAAGACGCUGAAGGGUUUGGCCCUGCAGGACAUCCUCACCGAGAUCCACCUGUUUGUGCACAGAGUCGAUUUCCCGCCCUCGGUCCGCAUCCAGCUGCUGAUCAAACUGGCAGACAUCGAGUACCGGCUGGCUGCUGGGACCAGCGAGAAGAUUCAGCUGAGCUCCCUCAUCGCAGCUUUCCAGGUCACCAGGGACCUGAUUGUGGCUGAAGCCUGAGCCGUGC